GUUCUGUUUAUAAUUUAUAAGUGAUCAAAAUUCAUCAAUACCUAAUAGCAGCUACUUCGGGUAUAGUGUGUUACUUAUUCCAGAGUUUGGUAAAUUAGAAUCUCAAUUGAUUGUUGGAGCACCAAGAGGCAAUUAUUCUAAUUUUGGAAAGUCUGUUAAAGAACCAGGUAUUAUUUAUCAAUGUUCUCUAUCCACAAAGUGUCAUCCAGUAAGCCCAACGUCAGAUUCAUUAUCAGAUUUAGCUCUGGAACAAAUAGGUAUGCAUGCAAAAAUAAUUCAAGACAACAGCUGGUUUGGAAUGUCAAUGGCUGCUAUUCAUCCCUCUCUUCUAAAAAUUUGUGCUCCCCGUACAAAAAUUCACUUGUUCAAGCCAUUCACAAGCGAAUACAAGGAAACCAUGCAAGGGAUUUGCUAUUUUUACUAUCGAUCUACUGAAAACUCAUUUUUGCGAAUUGAAACAGAAAGCUUAAAAACUUAUAACUUUAGUUCACAAUACUGGUAUAAUCCUCAACAUGGAUUUUCACUAAAUGUUGCUGUUGGGAUUCCAGCGAAAAUAAAUUUAAAUAUACAAGAAAAAAGCGAAUUAGUUAUCAAAUCUUUCCUUGCAAGUGUUUCUAUGAUAACUGGAAAUCCAACAAACAAUCUCAGUGGUUCAAUAAGCAUUUUGCAAAGCAACAAGAUAAAGACAUUGGAAAUUCCAAAUGAUGAGCAAAAGCAAUCUGAAUUUGGAUAUGCAGUCAGUUCAGGAAACUAUUUUAAUAAAAAUAAAAUUCUUUUUGCAAGUGGGGCACCAGCAUGGAAAUUUAUGGGCAAAGUUGAAAUUAUUACUAGUAGUACAGAAGGCCUUGCAACUCUACAUACUCUUGAUGGUCAUCAAUUGGGCGAAUAUUUUGGAGCUAGCUUAACUAGUGGAGAUUUAAAUAAUGAUGGAUUUGCAGAUCUUAUAAUUGGAGCUCCACAUUACGGAGAUGAUACAGGAAAAGUUUACAUAUAUUUAGGAAGUCAAAAUCGGUUUCAAGAUUACAAUCCAACAAUUCAAGGCACUGGCAAGGGAUCUAAAUUCGGUUACUCUCUUUCAUGUGGCGAUUUAGAUAAUGAUGGCUUUUUAGAUUUGAUUGUUGGAGCACCAUGGGAGGAAUUCGGGGUAAUAUAUGUUUAUAAUGGAAAUUCAAUUAUUGAUGAAGAAAAUAAUUUGCACAUGUCGCAGAAAAUAUCUGCAUUAGAAAUAUCACACAAAGUCAAAGGAUUUGGCUUUUCAAUUUCUAAUCUUGCAGACAUUGAUAACAAUGGGUUUUUGGAUAUCGCUGUUGGAGCAUAUAAAUCCAAUCAUGUAGUGAUACUUCGUGCAAAAACUGUUGAGAAAACUCAAGUAGAUUUCAGAGUCCAACCAACAAUAUUGCGACGAAAUAUUCACCGAAUUUCGCCAGAGUUCUGCUUCAAGAAUUACAAAAGUAUAAAUUCACAAAUAAUAAAGAAUUACACUAUAAAGUUGGUUGUUGAUUCUAAAUACAAACGUUUCACAUACAAUUACAUUGUUUGGAAUAUUCCAAUUACUGAAAGAAACCGUCAAAUAUUUCAAUAUCGUUAUUCAUCUCAAGGAAAAACGUCAACUCUUACAAAUCCUAAUUGGAAUGGAUGUACUACUUCCCACUUCAAUGUGAGGUCAGAUAUUCACAAUGUCCUUGAACCUGUUGAUAUCACUCUAACAUAUUCGUUAAAUAGUUAUUCGAAACAAAAAAGUAAUGCGAGUUCAGAUAAUUUUUGUAAAUUAUGUCCUAUAAAAUACGUAGGACAACGUGAAAAACCAAUAAAAUUAUUGGUUCCAUAUGAAAUUGGAUGUGGGAAAGAUACAGUGUGCAAUUCGGAUAUUUCUGUGACGACGUCUGUUUUUGGAGUAGGAACAAAUAAUACGUGGGAAAUCGGGUCAGGCGAUAUAACCAUAGAAGCCAAACUUCAAAACCACGGUGAGCCUGCUUAUUCGGUGAUGGUGAAUUUUUUUAUUCCAAAAGGUAUCCAUUUAAGAAACGUUUUGUCCUUCUGUCAAGAAGAAACAUACAAUAAUACACUCGCCGUUACAUGUGACGUCGGAAAUCGCUUUUAUAAAGGAGCACAGAAAAUAAUACAGUUAGAUUUGGAGAUGGCACACUUCGAAGUACACAAUUUGACCAAUAUUGGGCAACAGAAAUUCUUCAUCAAUAUGACACUUAAAAGUCAAACUGACAAUCACGGAAAAAAACAAAUUUCUAUACCUGUGCUUUUAAAAACUAACGUCUCAACUUCUAUAACAGGGAAAACAGAUAAAGACAGUUACUACUUAACGAAUGUUCAAAAAUCCCGCAAAAACGUUACAUUUCAACAUGUAUAUAACAUAUUUAAGUACGGAUCAACUCCGAUUAUCGAAGGACAAGUAAUAAUAGAGAUCCCAAUACAAAUAGAAGAUAAUGAUCCGUUCAUUUUGCUAAAACUACCCCAAUUGCAGGUCUAUGGAAUAUCACACGAUUGCACUAGUCACGAGAUCCCUUUAAUAUUGGAUACACCAACAGAAUAUUUCGAGAAUUUGGACGUCAUCAGUGAGAAUAAGAAAUAUAAUGAUAACACGAAUGUUAUGAAUAAAAAAUUCAAACGUUCAGUAAAUCAAUGGAGAAAUAAAUCACUAUUUCCUAAUCAGCUUCAAAAACUCAACGAAUAUAAUAUCAGGAAUAAGGAUAAUACGAUUUUUGUGGAUUGUUCAAACGAGAAAAUUAAAUGUGGAAAAAUUAAAUGUGAUCUAAUUCAUGUAAAAUCAGCCCAGGAUAUUGGUACCGUAACUUUAACUUUAACAAUGAAUCUAGAACCAAUUAGAGAAAUUUUCGACACUGAAACCGUAAUUCAAUUCAGCACAAGAGCAUAUGUUAAUAUCAUAAAACCAUCGAUUGAUACGAACGUAUUUAGUGUGUUGACUACGUUGUAUAAUGUAAAGGAAGAAAAUGUAAAUGAGCAGCUUAAUAUUUGGAUAAUACUGAUAUCUGUUAUGGUUGGAUUAUUAAUAUUAUCUAUCAUCAUAUUAGCACUCUAUUAUAUGGGCUUUUUUCAAAAGAAACGAAAGUUAGAAUUAAAUUUGUUGAAUAUCAAUGAUAAUAACGCAGAACAAGAACAAAUUAUUGUAGAAGAGAUUAAUGAACAAGAAAUGUUGGAAAAUAUGGUUGCAAACAAUGAAAAUUUUUCAUAAGGCCGGGGCUAGAAAAAUUCAUGUAGAACAAUUUAAAUUUAUAAAAAAAACUUUUUUUAUUUUAUUUAAUAUUUACAAAAUUGUCAUUCAUAGACAAUUGGGGAUUAACGUUUCAGUCGCUGUUACAGGAAUUGAAGUAUUUACAUGACAACGGUGGCAAUUACAGUGUAAAACAUGAUAUUCAGAAUAAGGUAUUAGUAAUCAAAUGAAAAUAUAAAAAGCAAUCAAUAUAGAAUUAAUAAAUACUCGUGUAUGAAAA